CAAAGAUCCUUCCUCCUCCCCCCCUUCUUUCCAUCCACCGUGAGGAGGCAUGAUUUGUGUGGAGAUCCCCACCGAACAAGCAGAUCCACCUGAGGACCAAUAGCAGUACCAGAUGAGCCCGCUCUAUUCAUCAACGCAGCAGCUGCGGAGCGGUGCCUGUGUUGUGCUUGCUGCGGCAAUGUUGACGUCCUUUAUCCACGCGUCAAAAAUGCCGUCAGCUGCAGCGCCUACAGUCUCCCGCAGCAGCAGGGGCACUAAGCUUGCGUGUCUGCCCGGCGGUACACAGGCAGGGAGUGCGGCAAAGGUGGUGUUGGGCCUGUUCGGACGCCAGCCGUCAUCUGCGGCUGCAGGUAUGGAUGCAUUCACAUACACACACACACACGACACACACAGCUUAAUUGCCUCUCUGUCGCUCUAUGUGCAGCGUUGUCAGCUCUUCAAGUCUGUUCAGCAGGCGCCUCUUUCUGCCUCACUGUCACCGCCUCGCAGCACCUGCAAAGAUCCAUCAACGUAUCAACGCGCCUGCCGCUGAUCGCUUCGCUGGCAGGCCUCCUCACCGCGGCAGCCGCCGCCGCGAGCGCAUCGCUCUCCGCUCAGAUGGUGCAGUCUCUCAUGGCCUCCCGUCAGCCUCUCUUGCACGUGCUGUGCAACACGCAAUGGACAUUUGUGCGGCGCGACGUGAUGAUCGGACUCAGCCUCUUUCUCCUGAUGGGAGGCAGGUCCGUGUGCUGUGCAGGUGCUGCAUGUGUCUGUGUCUGUGUCACCCACCUGCCUGCGUGUCUGUCAGGCUGCAGUCUCUCUGUCCGAGUUCCCUGCUCUCCCCAGGUGUGUAUGCGCAGCCUGGCGGCCUCGGCUCACUGCCCGCGACAAUGGAGUACGCGUCGCCUCGCGAGCGGAGCGUCAUUCAGCGGUUAGGGAGGAUCUACGGCUGCCACACAUGCGGCACCAGGAGAGGCCCUUUCAACGCCGACCACCAGCCGCCUAGGAGCGUCGUACGGCAGAGGAUACGGAGUAUGGGUGAGAGCCCGGCGGACCGUCGGCUGCGGACGGCGGCUGUGCGGCCAUCGACAACCCCCAUGGCGACGCCCCUCCCUCCCCGCACCUUCCCCGAGCCGUCUGCGCCACCGAUGCCCAGCGAGCCGGAGGCAGAACCAGAACCACCAACCAAAGUGCCCAAACGACGUGAGGACACUGUGGUGACAGACAGACAGACGUGUUUGAUGUUUGACUUUGGGUGACUUUGACUUUGUUCGCCACUCAUUGCAGGUCGGUCGUUUGUGGUACGUCGUGCGUCGCCGUGGCAGUGGCUGAGUGGGCGGCGGCUGAGGCAGCGUUUCUACCCCCAGUGCGAGGCGUGCAGCGAAAGGCAGGCACGCGCCUGUGCCGCUGACGACCCUUAGUGAGUCACGGCACUAUUGAUUGAGUCACUCACUGCAUCAGGCUGUAGAUCCAUCCAUGUGUGAAUGCAUAUGUGUGUUUGAUGGUUCAUUCAGUGGUCGGGCUUAUUUGGUUGUGCCUGGCGGGUUGAAGGCAUUGCGGAGGCAUCAUUUGGCGGGUGCUGCUCUGGUGUGGAUCAGACUGCUGGUCGAGGUGUACUCGCACACGUGAUCCGUGUGUCUGCGUCUGUGUGUCAAGCCACACGUAUACAUCUGUAUCAUAUCAUAUGUGCAUGCGAGGCCGUUUGAUCAUCGAAUGAGUGACUCUCAUUGAGUCACAUGUACAUGUGCAAGCACACGAGUGCCGCG